CCUUAUGUUUCCGGUCCAGUUUCCGGCGGUCUUUCUCCAUUCAUCUUCUUCUGUUCGGUGCUUUCUUUUGUAGUUGUCUGAGGAGUAUAUUUGAAUGUUUUGGUUGUUGAAAGUUCGAGGCUGGUCCUAAGAUUUCGGUGAUAGAUGUCUGCAGCGCUAAAUUAAUGGGCACAUCAUCUGGAUCCAAUCUUCCACACCAAAUGCUACCACCACGUCAGCAACUACAAACUUCUCUCUCACUUGUGUCUUCGGAUCCCCACUUGUCACGAUCUAAUUCCGCCAUUGUGCGUGAAUCCCCAGCUGAAAGUGCUAGCUCUCAAGAGACUUGGCCAACCUCUAAAUCUAUUAUGGGAAACAAGACAGAGAGCGGUAAGUCAGGCCCUGACUCUCAUGACCAACUUGUGAUCCGCCACGUUUCCAUUGCCGAUAAGGUAUCACUACGGGACAUAGCUAGAGAGAGAGUGGACGCAGUCGCUGAGAGAAUGCACCGGUUACCAGAAGAGUAUCUCGAGGAGUUAAAGAACGGCCUCAAGGCUAUCCUUGAGGGUAAUGGUUCGCAGCCUAUAGAUGAGUUUAUGUUUCUGCAGAAGUUUGUCCAGACGAGAUCUGAUUUAACUUCAAAGACACUUGUCAGGGCUCACCGAGUGCAGCUUGAAAUCCUUGUGGUUAUUAACACUGGAAUCCAAGCAUUCUUGCAUCCAAACAUCAAUCUCUCUCAAACAUAUCUCAUCGAGAUCUUUGUGUACAAGAGAUGCAGAAACAUAGCAUGCCAAAACGAACUCCCGGCUGAUGGUUGUCCCUGCGAGAUUUGCGCUAAUAGGAAAGGCUUCUGCAACCUGUGCAUGUGUGUGAUCUGUAACAAGUUUGACUUUUCGGUUAACACAUGCCGCUGGAUUGGCUGCGACGUGUGUUCUCAUUGGACUCAUACGGAUUGUGCAAUUAGGGAUGGAGAGAUUUCCAUGGGAGUUUCUGCCAAGAGUGUAUCCGGGAUGGGAGAAAUGCUGUUCAAGUGUCGAGCGUGCAACCAUACUUCUGAAUUACUGGGCUGGGUUAAAGAUGUGUUUCAGCACUGUGCACCUAACUGGGAUAGGGAGUCUUUGAUGAAGGAACUUGACUUCGUGAGUAGGAUUUUCCGUGGAAGCGAAGAUACAAGAGGCCGGAAGUUAUUCUGGAAGUGUGAGGAACUUAUUGACAAGAUUAAAAGUGGACUGGCUGAAGCAACAGCUGCCAAGUUGAUACUUGUGUUUUUCCAAGAAAUUGAAUUGGACUCUCCAAAGAGCCUUGAAAGCGGAGAAGGUGGGGGAACCAUAGCACCUCAAGAUGCAUGCAACAGAAUUGCUGAAGUAGUAAAGGAAACACUGAGGAAAAUGGAAAUAGUGGGUGAGGAAAAGAUGAGGAUGUACAAGAAAGCGCGAAUGGGGCUUGAGGAAUGCGAGAGAGAAGUGGAAGAGAAAGCAAAGCAAGUGGCGGAACUGAAGAUAGAGAGGCAGAAGAAGAAACAACAGAUAGAAGAGGUGGAGAGGAUAGUGAGGCUGAAGCAAGCUGAGGCAGAGAUGUUUCAGUUGAAGGCUAACGAAGCUAAAGUGGAAGCAGAGAGGUUAGAGAGGAUUGUGAAAGCGAAAAAGGAGAAAACUGAAGAGGAAUACGCGAGUAACUACCUGAAACUGAGGCUGAGCGAGGCAGAGGCAGAGAAAGAGUAUCUGUUUGAAAAGAUAAAAGAGCAGGAAAAUGGUGGUGAGGCGUCACAAGCAGUGAUGUACUCAACGAUCAGAGAAAUGCUUCAUGGAUACAAUGCAUCAUCGUCGCCAAGAGUAGAUCCAAGAUCAAACCAACGAAAUCCUUUCAGAUCCAAUCCUUAG